AAGGCAACUAUUGAUAUGAUAUCAAAGGGAGGAAGAAUGACACAACCUGAGGAGUGUCCAAAAAGCUAUUAUGAUAUCAUGUUACAAUGUUGGAAGCAGAGACCUGAAGAACGACCAACAUUUGAAUCUUUACACAAUACAUUUGAAGAUUAUACGGUGAAUACA